UAUUUGAAAAAUUAUAUUGGCAUUGAUGUAAGCGAUCCAACGAGGAAGUCGACAAGGUGGAUUGGACCAAAAGGAAACAUUAUGCCGGCAUACCACUCUCAGUUCCAGAACCCACCCCAGGUUUUGGGGAAUAUGGCACUGUUACCCCUCAGGACAACUUUCAAGGGACCUGCUCCCAGAGAUACGAGUGACUUUGAUAUCAUAGAUGAAGCCAUUUACUAUUUCAAAGCAAAUAUCUUCUUUAGAAAUUAUGAAAUAAAGAGCGAAGCUGACCGCACAUUAAUUUACAUAACAUUGUUCAUUUCCGAGUGCCUUAAGAAGCUCCAAAAGUGUCAGUCUAAAAAUCAGGGACAGAAGGAGAUGUACACAAUUGGUAUCUAUAACUACCCAAUACCUGGAGAGUCAGGAUUCCCCCUCAACGCCAUGUUCUCAAAACCAAAUGGUCGAAGUGAAGAAGAUAAUAUGAGGAAUUACCUGCAGCAGAUAAGACAGGAAACCGGACUCAGGAUCUGUGAGAAGGUGUUUGACUCGACUUCAGAUAAACCUAGCAAGUGGUGGAUGUGCUUUGCUAAAAGGAAGUUUUUGGACAAGAGCUUGUCAGCACCUGGACAGUGAUAACUAUUGACCUAAAUUUAUUAAACAUUAUCAUGAUAAGUGGGACAUACAUUGCAGAAUCUACGAAGGGAAUAUCCAACUUCUGUUAAUAAUUUAUUCUGUGUAUGGGAUUUUGGGAGGUUUCUAAAAUAAGUGAACAAUUAUUAAAUCCAUGUACGGUAUGUAAGUGCAUGUAUAAACCCCUUUCCUUACUCUUUUCUAACCAAUGCAAUUAAGUUCAUAUCACUGAAUGCAGAAGAAAAAUUGGUGCAAUCUUUAUUUUCUUUGAAGUGUCUAGUGUCCAAUAACAUUUAUAAAAGUGAUCUGAAAAGUGAAAUUUUGGUGUACUAUCACAAUUAGUUUUCCAUUUUUUGUUGUUGAACAUUUUCAUAAAUAUUUUUUCACAUUUAAAAAAAAUAUUGUAGAGUUUAUUUGAAUUAUUUGGUCUGAUACUUGUUGCUGAACAAGAAUGACAAAACCUUACCAGAAUAUUGAUUGUGCAUUUAUGAUGAUGAUAAUGCCUCACUAUUCUUUUUUAAACAUUGCUGUAAACAAAUCACUGUAUUCAGAUACAACUGGCUGAGGUUAAUUUUCUAGCUGUCAGGGUAUGCGUGUCUGUGGAGUAUAAACUAAAAUUAAAUACUGUACGUUACUCAACAUCAACUUUACUUAUCAAAAGCAAUUCCACGAAACGUUUAUUGUCUGAUCAGGAGCACUACUCUGGAAAGAGUUAUCUGUGGCACAAGGACAUACAAUGUACAAAUAGGAACUCUCGGCUUUUAUAAGUCCUUUUGAUCUGUAGCAUUUUUUUAUUGAUUGAUGAAUCUCUUUCCUACAAGUAUUUGAUUUGGAUCUAAAGUUUUGACAAUGUUGUAGUAAUAUUCUUUACACUUAACUUGUCAAAACAACCCUGUUAAAAUUAUUGGUAGUGAAUUUAAAUGCAGAAUGAUUUAGAAUCAUGUUUACACUAGUAUGGAGAGAAUGAGCUACAUGUAUUCCAAUUUCACACACACAUAUUAUAUGUAUAUGAUACUGUAUGUAAGAUGUACAUUCUUUAAUCUAUUAAGAUAUACAAUGUAUUAAUGCUUUUUAUAAGUUGAGAAGUAUUAUUAAAUAUUAUAUUACUA